AUGGUUCGCAUUAUCCCUCAACGAUUGAAAACCUACACUACUAGUUCUACCAACAAUUCCACCGCCAAUAGCCGCAGUACGAGUCCUAUGCCGUUAAAACUCGAUGCCGGUGUUUCGGAGGGGCGUAGGGACACGGGUUUAGUCUUAAAGAUUACUAUACUUCGAGCGAGAAACUUAGCUGCUAAAGAUCGUGGAGGCACCUCUGACCCCGAUCGCUUUGGCAAGGACUAUCUAGGCGAAUUCGAUCUAGCCCUCGAGGAGAUUUUCUCCAACGAAAAGACCGAGCAAGAAGCAAAAUGGUAUCCCCUCAAGAGCAAAAAGCCAGGCAAGAAAAAGAAUAAUGUCUCGGGGGAGGUUUUGCUACAAUGCACUUUAUUCGACUCAACAGACAAGGAUGCGACAGAUGCUCAGAUCUUAGAAAAGCUGCAUUCACUUGCUACCGCCUUACCCGAAUCUGCAUCCCGCAAUGCUACCCCUAACAUGACACCCAUGCUUGGCCCGACCUCGACAUCUAAGCUUGGCUCAUCCCCGUCUCCACAGUUAAGUCAGAAUACCACCGAUGGAUCCCAGGACGACGAUGACGACGACGAGAUUCUGGAUGAUGAUGAGACUCCUGAAGAUGAGGACCCCAGUAAGCCCGAUGCUGUGGAGAAGAGGAAGAGACGGCUUAGGAUUAAGGGUUUAAAGCGUAAGAGGAGACAAAACCCUUACGAAUUCGUCAACGGUGGUAGUGAUGUGGUCGGCUUAAUCUUCCUCGAGAUUUGCAACAUUACCGACCUUCCUCCCGAAUCAAACUUCACGAAAACUAGCUUCGAUAUGGAUCCCUUCGUUGUUGCAUCUUUAGGCAAAAAAACCUAUCGUACACGAGUUGUUCGACAUAAUCUAAAUCCCGUGUUCAACGAGAAGAUGCUCUUUCACGUGCUAAACCACGAGCAAUCAUACUCGUUUGCUUUCACGGUUAUCGAUCGCGACAAAUAUUCCGGGAAUGACUUCAUUGCCUCAACCUCCUUUCCCUUACAAGAGCUCACCGAAAAGAGCCCCAAAGCUAAUCCUGAAACCGGACUGUAUGACUUAAAGGAACCGGCAGAGUACGUCCCGGUCCAGAAAUCAAGGCUCGCAAGACUUGGCCUCUCGAGGUCGUCUUCAACACAGAGCUUGGGCAAAAAUAGGCCGGUAUUACCCAAAAAUCCCAGUGUAACUUCGGCAACAUCCCAGGAGCAGGUCGAGCCAAAGGUAGCACCUACAUCCAUUCCAAACCCUGGUUUACUUCAACCAGAGCAAGUGCCGAACCUCAAUAGCGGGAACGGAAAUGGAAACGGUGGUGAGGGCAUUCUGGCGAGCUAUGUUGCGACACAGUACGACGCAGAUGAAAGUGGCGAGAUUAGCAAAGUUGAAUUGACUACUAUGCUCGACACGCUUGGCUCGACUCUGCGUGAAUCAACCAUCGACAGUUUUUUCCAACGAUUCCCUCAUAAGGCAGGGAGCGGGGAACAAGAACUCACCAUGGACGAGGCUGUUAUAUGUUUGGAAGAUCAACUAGAUGCCAAGAGCAAAUCGGCUCCAGUGACUGACAAGUUGAAGAACAUGUUGCCCGACGCAGAAAAGGUGAAGAAUUUUCUAAACCCAUCAAGCCACACUGGUAGUGUCACGCCUUCAGACGAGGGAUCCUUUAUUCUUAGCGCAGAAGACUCGACCGUCCAAGGCACUACACCUGGAACAUCAACUAUUGUUGUCCCCGAUCUCAGCACAUCUGGAGAAGAGGGUGAUGCGCUGGAUAAAGAUGACCUAAAUAUUGACCGUGGCGAGGAACAUGUCGUCGAAAUUCGAGAGUUCCGCAAACUUCUGAAGAGUCUAAGUAUCAAACAAGGCAAAAAAUACGACGACCCUGCUUCGAAGGCCCAGAUUCCAGGUUUCGUCCAAUUCCACCAGUUAGACAUGUCCGAGGUCUUACUCCCCGCCGAGGAAUUUAAGAACUUCAAUGAAUUCUUUUAUCGUGCACUUAAGCCAAACGCCCGACCUUGCUCAGCUCCAGACAAUCCUCACAUUAUCGUGUCGCCGGCCGACUGCCGGUCUGUUGUCUUCAAUAGUAUUGAUUCUGCAACCAACAUCUGGAUCAAGGGUCGCGAAUUCUCCAUAAAGCGACUACUCGGCGACGCAUACCCGGAAGACGCUAAGCGCUACGAGAAUGGUGCAUUAGGUAUCUUCCGUCUGGCUCCCCAAGACUACCACCGGUUCCACAUUCCUGUAGAUGGAAUUCUCCGCAAGCCUAAACUCAUUGCUGGCGAGUAUUAUACCGUUAACCCUAUGGCAAUCCGGUCCGCGCUCGAUGUGUACGGCGAGAAUGUUCGUGUCCUUUGUCCUAUCGACACCGAACUAUUCGGACGGGUUAUGGUUAUUUGCGUCGGUGCCAUGAUGGUUGGUAGCACGGUAAUUACCCGAAACGACGGGGAAGAGGUGAAACGAGCGGAAGAGCUUGGGUAUUUCAAGUUUGGUGGCAGCACAAUUGUGACACUAUUUGAACCCCGCUCUAGAAACACUGAUUCGAGCCGGCAUGUCGGUUGGGCAUUCCCCACAGUACCUCAGUUUACACCAGAUAUCCCAAGGAUGAGAAAGACGUUACGGAGCGGGAAGGCGGAAGCCCAUCGCCGUAUCCGUGGUGGUGGUGACAGCCCAGAUGAAGUACCUUUGCCAUAG